GCAGAAUCACACAGUGAUCUUUCUUCGUCCAGGAGCGGUCAGACCAAUUUGUAAUCCUGAGCCAAAUAACUCGUCGGGAUCAGUUAAGUGAAUAUCGUCGCCCCAGAAUUCUAUUCGAAUAGCAGUGAAGUGCAAAUCGUUUCUUUAUUAACAACGUAUUCGUGUACCAUAUCAAGUGAACCAGCAGUUUUAUUGAUUACGACUUAACUCGAAAGAAAGUAGGCGAACAUUGAGAUCGCAGCCUUGAAUUAGCAUAUUGUCAUUGAUUAAACAUGCGCCCUUCAUCUCUUUGGUUGUGCAGCAGGAAGCAUUUUUGAAACCUGAUUGGAACUUGCUGGGAGAUUCCCCCACCGAAUCAGGUUUAAGCCAAUUCUCAAGGCACUAUGCAAAUUCAAUAAGACUUCGCCAAAUGCCAAAAGAUCUCAAAGCCGCGUGAAUUUCCAUCCCGUUGCAUUUCACAAGCGAACGAAAUCUCAACAUUAUCCGCGAGGAGCGCGCGGAUAAGAGAUAUUUGAAAAAAGAAAAAAAAAACAAAUAUUUUCAUGUUUUGAGUCAUUCGUUGGCCGCUGCUAUAUAAUAGACCGAGCCGAUGUGAUGCGUAUCGCAGCAGCAGCGAUGAUCUAAUCAGUCUGCAAUUGGCUUUGAAAAAAAAAGGGGGAGAAAAACGAACAAAGCGGAAUCAGUCAAUAAGGAACUUUUGGUGAGUGAAGAAAGAUAGAGGGUAGCUUAGUAGUGUGCGUUCCAGCAGUAAUAGCGAUAUAUAGUAUACACGGACGGACGCUCUCAUCCUUGCGCGCGCAAUCUCUCUUCAUCAAGACGCGCCGGCGAUGGUAUAGAUGAUGAUCUAUAUCGGGUAGGGGGUGUGUAGUAGCCGGCCUCGAACACUGGCGCGCUCUGACGGGUCUGUACCGCAAUCCCGAGCCACCGGGAAAUACGCCACAGUGCACAUGCGUAACAUGUCGGUAGCUUAUUUUCCCCUCCAGACUCCCGUCUGAAGGAGAGAUUUUCAGAGGGAGGGAGAUGGCGUAGGGAUUCGUUCGUGUUGAGUAAGGAGAGGGAGGAGGCGGUGUACACGACGGGGUGGUGGUAUAGUCAUGUAUAGUGUAUAGCUAGAGGGGAGGGGAUAAAGGCCAAAAGUGAACGAACGACGUUAUAUUCCGGCGACGCCGACGUCUGCCGCUAGAACUGUGCCGAUCCGCGCUAGCGGAUGAACGCGGGAUUACGACCGCCGCGUCCAAUAAACAACAAGAGGCAAAACUGGCGUGACACACACAAGCGUCGCUGCCUCUGCCGCCGCCGCCGCCAACAUUUUGAGAAUUUUUUCCCAGUUGUGUGUCUCGUGUUUGUGUGCUCGUCAGUUUUUGUGCGCCCAUCGUCUAUCGUCGUCACCGGAUGAGAUCCAACGCGACGCCGAGUGGCCAUUCAUCAUCAUCUGGAACAUUCAUCACUCGGCAGAGGACAAGACAAAAAUAACAAUAAUAUUAAUACUUAAGCGGUCCCUGGCGACCGGCGUCGCCAAAAAAGUUUCGGCAACCCGGCGCUUUUGAAUCCUCUAAAAACGUUGGCAAAUUCAAUCAUUCAUUCAUGCCGGGAAUUAUCGUCUUCCAGCGGAGAUGGGGCGUCGGCAGCGACGAUCUGGUUGUUCCCGGAAUCUCAUUGACUUUACUCCACGCCAUUUGGUUGAUUGUGGUUGCGGUCACGCUGGGACUUGACAACGGAUCCGUCGGUCAUGUUCGCAACACUGGGAACAUCAGCAGCAGCGGCGAAACAAGCGACACUAUCGGCGUCCGGCUCAGCAACGAGUCGUUUCUGCUGUCGCUGGCCAACCAGAGCAAUGCUGACGACGCUUGGUCCUCCUCCGCCAGCGGUGACGGCGGUCGUGGUGGUGACGACGAGGAAGUGGUCGUUGUCGCUGAGCUGCACGCACUGCAAGAAGAUCACGCCUGCGAAAGUGUUCUACGACUCUUGCUCAUCAUCAAAACGGCCCUUUUGGGCGUUUCGCUCCUGCUGGAAAUUUUCAUGGCCCGACUAGCGUUGCGCGGAACCAUGUGGGACGUCCAUCCACGCCGCUUUAUGGAGUACGUGCUCUACAGUCGAUUACUGGUUUUGGUGGCCGAAAUGGUUUGGUCGUCGUUUAGCAUCGUGUGGCUCCACGGCUCUUACAUCACGUGUCCGGCAGGAAUGGAAAAAGAAGUUCUCUUAGGUUCGGUUAUUUGCGAUUUGUGCGUGGCGUUGAGCGUGCUCAUCACAAUUUGGUGCACGUUUGACCGGGCCGGACGCUCUUGGGUCAAGAUGACGCGCUUCCAGCGGAGCAUGAAAGAAGGCGAGACGAAAUACCACUACAAACGAUCGGGAAAUCACAGACCCAACUGGAGACAGAGGAAAGUGAUGAGGACUUACCAGGACACGUGGAAUCAUCGAUGCAAGAUCCUCUUCUGCUGCAUGGGUCGUUCUGAUCAAUAUCAGGACUCCUUUUCGGAAAUCGCCCGACUGCUGACGGAUUUCUUCCGGGACCUGGAUCUCGUGCCGACCGACAUUGUAGCCGGUCUGGUUUUACUCAGGAAACAACAGAAGAAGUUACAGGAGACACUCGUUACCCAGGACCAGAACGACAUUUACGAGUUCUUGUCGGGAGUGGCCGUCACUUCACGGACACGCUUCCUUUCCUUGCACGAACCCGACCAACUGGAAGCUUUCCAAUUGACGGAACAUUAUAUGAAAUUCGCCCUGGCUGCUUAUGGCUGGCCCAUGUACCUGCUAGGCCAUUCCAAGACGGGAUUGUGCCGCCUGGUAUCUAACAUUAGGUGUUGCUGCUGUUGUGGAAGUGGUUCGACAGGCUCAUCGGAGAGUGGCGAAACUCUACCCGUCAUUGUGGGAGACACGUGCAGUGGUUGUCACCUGGCAGCGCUGAAACAAUCCAUCGGCCGCGUUGAUCACGAAGUCAUUUUCGCUUCGUUCCACGUCGACGUGGCGGAAACGCCUUUUUUCGUCGCCAUCGACUACGACCACCAGAGCGUCGUGGUCAGCAUUCGAGGCACCAUCAGCAUGAAGGACGUGAUAACGGAUCUUCACGCCGAAGCGGAACCCAUUCCUCUCCAGUUAACACGAGAAGACUGGUUUGGACACAAGGGUAUGGUGCAAACCGCCACGUACAUUCGCAACAAGUUGGAGAAGGAGAAUUUGCUGGGAAAAGCGUUUGCUCACAAUCCGGAAAGAGGCACGCCGGAUUUUCGUCUGGUUCUAGUCGGUCACUCUUUAGGCGCUGGAACGGCAGCUAUUUUGGCUUUGCUACUCCGCCACGAGUACCCCCAUGUUCACUGCUACGCCUAUUCACCACCCGGUGGACUAUUAAGUUUACCGGCAGCUGAAUUCACAAAAGAGUUUGUGACAUCCAUCGUCGUUGGCAAAGAUGUCGUCCCUCGGCUGGGUCUCCACCAGCUGGAAACUUUGAGGUCCAGUCUGAUGACGGCAAUCAACAAGAGCACGAAUCCGAAAUGGAAAAUUCUGGGUUCCAGCAUGCUGUGCUGCGGACGGCGGAAUAAAGAUGCCGCUGUCAAAAUUUCCAACAGUCCAGUCGUUUCGAUCGAAGAAGGAGGCGGCGGCGGUUCAAAAGACGUGCCUUCCACAACAGCCGUCCUAACGAAACAUCCAUCCGAUACUAAUAUCUCCCUGUCGACUCAUCAGCCACUGUAUCCGCCCGGCCGCAUCAUUCACAUCGUUAGGCAACAUCCAAAAGCAUCCGACAGAUCGGAACGAAGCUCCGGUUGUCCAGCGACGACCAAAGAUGACCAACCGGAUCCUAUUUACCAGGCUUUGUGGGCCGACACUAUCGAUUUCAACGAGGUACUCAUCUCUCCCGUCAUGGUCCACGAUCACAUGCCCGACACCGUCCUCAGCGCCAUCAACAAGGUUCUCUCGUGUCAUGGGCCGUCCAAACCUCAACGAGUCACGUCGGAACCUCUAUUGAAGGAUGACCAAGCCGAUUACCAACCGGGCCUGAUCGUCGACGGUUCUCUUCUGACGGCAGCCAGCUUUACUCCGUCGCCGGUGAUGAUGCCGCAGCAUUCCUUUUUGGAAAACAAUAGCUUGACGUCGAUCGACCGGAGUCCGACCAUUGGCCAGCGAUCGCCCGACACCAAAGAAACGCCUUACUCCAGUAGCGUUCCUGCCAAUUCUUGCUACAUGUUGCAACCGCCUUCGUGGAUGAAUCCGCAAGUCCGGCGAGCCACAACUAGUAACUUACCGGCCAUGUCAGCAGCCGGCUGGAACUUUAAUCCUCUUCAACACUAUCCAGCCGAUGGCGAGGACCUGGUUUCAGAGUACAGUAAUCGAUUAGUGGCGCCAAUCGCCACUCCCGAGACACUCUCGGGAGAAUCCGCCAACGGGUCCGUCUCCAGUCUUGCCAAGAGGGCGCACAAAUUCCUGAGGAGAGAUAGAGCUGCGUCUGUUACCAAGAGAAAGGAUUUACCAAAACAGUACAGUGGAAGUAGUUCAAGUGUGUACGAAAUGACCGAGUCAAGCAGCGUCUAUUGUGCAUCUCCGUUGAGCAGCGCCAAAACGACCAGUGGACAGACGCGGGCCACCAGGGCGCAGUUGAAGCGAGAAAUUAUGCGACUCUACCAGAGAGCCGCUGCCGAUGUGGAUAAGAUUGAGCAAACGCCGUCAGCCGAGCAGGAUCCCAGUUCAACUAGCAGCCACACAUCACGGACGACAAGUAGUUCAAGUCAAUCACAGCCGUCGCGAUUGUUUCCCGUUUUGGAACCAGCGUCGCCGGUCUUUGGCGGUGGAAACGGAAGCAAUUCUGACAGUCACAGCGGCUACGCUUUGAGCCCAGUCGCGUCACGCCCAGCGACCGCUAAUGGUGCUACCGAUCGAAGGCUGUCACCUUCGAGUAGACCCAAUUUGCCUCCAUGUAACACGUCAUUUUAAAGGCGAAAAACAUUCAUUUAGCUCUAAAUAAAUAAAUAAAGAUCAAAGCCAGAUAUGGUUGAAAGCUCCCAGAUCUCAAAUCGGGGAAAAUAAAUCAGCUUUUUUCCGACAGGAGUAAAAAGAAAACAAAAACAAAAUUAGGUUGAACGAAGAGCUCCUCUAACACCGAUUGAAUAACGCUAUCGGAGAUGUGUUUACACAAUCCUUAAGGACGAGAAAUGCCUGUAAAUAAUAAAUAAGAGAGGAAAGACGGGGAAAUCGAGCUUGGAAUGAAAUGGAUUGCUACGAGAUUGCAGAAGCAUGACACUUCCAAUCUCUUUUGCCCAACGUCGCGAGAAGAUUGAGUUUCGAUCGGAUUGCAAGGAUCUGCAGCACGUCACCAAGACAAGGCCAGCUGGAAUAAGAUCAGUAGAACUGCAGAUCCCAGGAGCUAACAUUGACACAUUCCCUGUUACCCCCUUUUUUUUUUCCUUCUAGCAUCUUUUCUGCUUUUUUUUUGCUACUCUACCUAGACGAGGAGGUCCUGUUGGAUGGAUGGAAGUUGGAUGAAGAGAAGAUACUUCCAAGGUUCCAAUUGUUUCUCGACAGCUAUAUCGAUGAUUGUGUUCAUCUAAUUGUUUUGUCAUCGACCGUUUUUCAGUUGGCGUUGAUCUUGUCUCCCUCCGUUUACUUGUUACACGUCACAAAGUUUUACCGUUCCAGUAUGACGCCAAUCCUCUUCCUUCGUCCUUCUCGACUGCCUGUUCAGAACAACUGCCCUGCUGUGAACAAUUGAUUGAAUCAUCGUUUACGGUUAGCUUUUCUUAUGUUUACAUCUGUAAGAUUUCUGUUCCAAUUGUUUCCUGUAUUGCACAGACAUGUAGACAUAAUGUAUACAUCCAUCACAGACACAGACACACCCACAAUACACGGUAACAGCUAG